UAUAGUGUUCUAUAUCCAACACUAGCUCCUACUCCCUAAAGCAUUUAUUAUAUCUUCCCCUAGCUAGAUACUUCAUUCCACAAAUAGUUUGCAGCUUUUUCUUUUCCUCUAAAACAAUGGAAAUAGCUGGGAAAAUUGCAUGCUUUGUGGUAUUGUGCAUGGUGGUAGCUGCACCCUGCGCAGAAGCCAUAACCUGUGGCCAGGUUACGUCGAAUUUGGCACCUUGUCUUGCUUAUCUUAGAAACACGGGGCCUCUGGGACGUUGUUGCGGUGGCGUUAAGGCUCUGGUGAAUUCUGCAAGGACCACAGAAGAUCGUCAAAUUGCAUGCACUUGCCUGAAAUCAGCUGCAGGUGCUAUUUCUGGAAUCAAUUUGGGCAAAGCUGCUGGUCUCCCUAGUACUUGUGGUGUCAAUAUUCCUUACAAGAUCAGCCCUUCCACUGACUGCUCCAAGGUCCAGUAAGGCUGAUGAAAUAAGCUAAUUUUACCCCGCACAAUUUGGAAGUAGUGCAAUAUUGAAGAGAAAAAUAUGAUGUGUUCGUCUAUAAUCCUACUUAUGGAUCCAUUUGUAUUUUGUAUCAAGUUGUUGUCUCUUUUUUUCCUUUUUCUAUGUCCCUCGAACUCAUAGUCCAGUACUGUGUAAUAAAUUGGCGGUUGUGUUAUGGAUCUUACUUAUGGAUCCAUAUAUCUAUCUUUUAAACUUUUUUUCUGCUAUCUUAUAUGACUUAACGUCUCCUUUUU